UCUCCGCGCCGCCGCUGGCGUGCCCGCGCCACCUGAGGCGGAUCCGCAGGGAACAUGGAGGAGCUCCUGAGGCGGGAGUUGGGCUGCAGCUCCGUCAAGGCCACGGGCCACUCAGGGGGCGGGUGCAUUAGCCAGGGUCAGAGUUACGACACGGACAGAGGACGCGUGUUUGUGAAAGUGAACGCCCAGCCGGAGGCUAGGAGAAUGUUUGAAGGUGAGAUGGCCAGUUUAACUGCCAUCCUACAGACAGACACAGUGAAAGUGCCCAAACCCAUCAAGGUCCUGGAUGCCCCGGGAGGCAGCAGUAUGCUGGUGAUGGAGCAUUUGGACAUGAGGUAUCUGAGCAGUCAUGCUGCCAAGCUUGGAGCCCAGCUAGCAGACCUGCACCUAGAGAAUAAAAGGCUUGGAGAGGCGCUGCAGAAGGAGGCCAGCAGAGUGGGGAGAGGAGGUGGGCAGGCGGAACGGCCCUUCAUAGACCAGUUUGGGUUUGACGUGGUGACGUGCUGUGGCUAUCUCCCCCAGGUGAAUGACUGGCAGAAGGACUGGGUCGCAUUCUAUGCCCAGCAGCGCAUUCAGCCCCAGAUGGACAUGCUGGAGAAGGGGAUUGGGGACAGAGAUGCCCUUGAGCUCUGGUCUGCUCUGCAGUUGAAGAUCCCUGAUCUGUUCCUUGAUCUGGACAUCGUCCCAGCCUUGCUCCAUGGAGACCUCUGGGGAGGAAACGUAGCAGAGGAUUCCUCUGGGCCCAUCAUUUUUGACCCAGCUUCUUUCUAUGGCCACUCGGAAUAUGAGCUGGCAAUAGCCGGCAUGUUUGGGGGCUUCAAUGGCACCUUCUACUCCGCCUACCACAGCAAGAUCCCCAAGGCCCCUGGAUUUGAGAAGCGCCUGAAGUUGUAUCAGCUCUUCCACUAUUUGAACCACUGGAAUCAUUUCGGAUCAGGGUAUAGAGGGUCCUCCCUCAACAUCAUGAGGAACCUCAUCUAGUGAGCUUGCUCUGCUCCGGAGGGAGGCCUGUGCGAGGAGCCUGCCGGAGCCUUAGGUUCAGAUGUACCAGAUCCUAACCCUCUGGUUCCCCACAGUCCUCUUCUUCAGGGGUUCUGCCCCAUUUCUUCACACACCUGGAGAGGCUUCAGACCACCUUUCUGAAAGCUGUACGUUUCGUUAGACUCCACGGUUGGAUGACCCAUACUAGUAAUGUGAACAGAGGGACUUGCAGUGUGGGCCAUGUCAAACCAAACAGCUGCCCCAAAGGUAGAGAAGGCAAGUGGCCAGUGCGCCACGCACUGCUGCUGCGGGCACCUUCGCACCAUCCCCUCCGGUUUUGCCUCCAGGAAUGACUCGAGUUCAGGAUGAUGCUACUCGAUGGCUGAGGUGUAGUCUAGGCACAAAACUGUCUUAUGAGGAGCAUCUUACAAUGCCCAUUCCCCAAACUGAGCACAUUCCCUUUGCUUUCUGUGUGACCUCUGGACCAGCCGCAGGCUGAGCAGGUCUGGAAAUGAUUUGGGGAGUGGCCAAACUGCCGGCUUUGGGGUGUCCUUAGUAGCUUCAGGAGCCACUGAAUCUUUCACACCCACCUUGUCUGCCGCGCCCUCCGCUUGCCCAGUGUCACUCCUUUGCUUCAGAUACGCCCGCACUAAGCCGUGUUUCCCCCUUGGUCUUGCAGGGAUGAGGAACGGUCACGAAUGGCAAUGAUGCUAACAAAUGCUUUUGUGUAAACUUCCAGGGGUUUCAAUGAUGCAAGGCACCAUUUCCCUCAUUUAAACCAUAAUUCACUGUUUUUCCUAGAUAUUUGCCAAGAAGCCUUUGUAAUGUGUUACUGUAAUAAAUUGUUUCUUAAAGAGCAAA